CCGGUCUGCGCAUGCGCGAUGGAAGCCAUGUUGGAGCUACAGUGGAUUCGGGCUGGGAUUUUCUGACGCCGUAUGUUUUUCUUAAAAUAUCUGUCGUCGUACAUUUUUGGGGUUCGUCUACCGAGCGCGAUCGGCGCCGUACUCGCCAUUGGAAAUGAUGAACUCCAGUGUCGACCUGUCCCGGCGGAAUCCGCAGGAGGACUUCGAGUUGAUCCAGAGGAUAGGAAGCGGCACAUACGGAGAUGUCUACAAGGCUCGUAAUGUAAACACGGGAGAGCUGGCUGCUAUCAAAGUCAUCAAACUGGAACCGGGUGAGGACUUUGCUGUUGUCCAGCAAGAAAUCAUAAUGAUGAAGGAUUGUAAACACUCCAACAUUGUUGCCUAUUUCGGCAGUUAUCUCCGGAGGGAUAAGUUAUGGAUCAGCAUGGAGUACUGUGGAGGAGGCUCUCUGCAGGACAUCUAUCACGUAACCGGGCCUUUGUCAGAGUCACAGAUAGCCUACAUGUCACGGGAGACCCUUCAGGGUUUAUACUACUUACACAACAAAGGCAAGAUGCACAGAGACAUCAAGGGAGCAAACAUCCUCCUGACAGACAACGGUUAUGUUAAACUGGCCGACUUUGGCGUCUCAGCCCAGAUCACAGCGACUCUGGCUAAGAGGAAGUCAUUCAUUGGAACACCUUAUUGGAUGGCUCCAGAGGUAGCAGCUGUGGAGAGGAAAGGAGGUUACAACCAGCUGUGUGAUAUCUGGGCAGUGGGAAUUACUGCAAUAGAGCUGGCUGAACUACAGCCGCCCAUGUUUGACCUCCACCCUAUGAGGGCGUUGUUUUUGAUGACUAAGAGUAAUUUCCAGCCUCCUAAGUUGAAAGAUAAACUCAAGUGGACAAAUAACUUCCACCAUUUCGUCAAACUCGCGCUGACUAAAAACACAAAGAAAAGGCCCACGGCUGAGAAACUGCUGCAGCACCCCUUCGUGUCUCAGCCCCUCAGCCGGACGCUCGCGAUCGAGCUGCUGGACAAAGCCAACAACCCCGAUCACAGCACGUACAACGACUUCGACGACGACGACCCUGAGCCCGAGUCCCCGGUCUCUGUUCCUCAUCGCAUCCGUUCCACCAGCAGAAGCACCAGAGAGGGAAAGACGCUGUCGGAGAUUAACUUCGACCAGGUGAAGUUUGAUCCUCCGAUGAGAAAGGAGACGGAGCCCCAUCACGAACUGCGUGAUUCUGAGCCCUAUCUGGACUGUGUUGAGGAGCUCUACUAUACCGCGAGAUCUAAUCUGGACCUACAGUUCGAGUACGGCCAGGAUUCUUCAAGUCUACUGGGAGGAAACAAGAGUCUUCUCAAAUCUGUGGAGGAGGAGCUUCAGCAGAGGGGCCAUGUGGCACACUUAGGGGAUGAUGAGGAUGAGGAUGAUGAUGGUGCAGAUGAUGAUGAAACUCACACUCAUAAAUCGAGUACUAUCAUGAGGCCAAAGGUCCCUCCCCCGCUUCCUCCCAAGCCGAAAUCCAUCUCCACCUCACAACCACAACAGAAACAGGAGGACAGCCAGUCACACAGUGAGGACGACAGCGGGGGCGGAGGCACCAUCAAGCGGUGUCCGGCCCCAGAGACAGCGAGCCCGGCCAGGCCGGCCUCCCACGUGCCCCCGCGGCCCCCUCCUCCAAAGCUGCCGCCCCAUCGCCGCAGCAGCCUAGGUAACGAGAGCCCGAAACGCACGGACGCCGCAAACUCUGCCCCAGAGGAUGAUGGGAGCUUUAGGCAUUUCUGGGAGUGGCUCCACACGCCUCACACAGAGGAGGAGCUGGAGGAGGCAUGGGAGGUGCUGAAGGAGGUGAAAGAGGUGCAGGAAAAACAGGAGGAACAGGGAGAGAGUAAUGGCCUUAAAUCCCCACACAAUGGCGAGAGGGACAGUCCGACAGACAGGCAGUCCACCAUGCCCCCUAGUGUCCCCACACGGAAAUCCAAGAAGGACGUUCCGAAGCCAAUCAGUAACGGCCUUCCACCUACACCCAAAGUCCAUAUGGGAGCGUGCUUCUCCAAGGUGUUCAACGGCUGUCCUCUGAAGGUCCACUGUGCCACUUCCUGGAUCAACCCUGACACCAGAGACCAAUAUUUGAUAUUUGGAGCUGAGGAGGGAAUCUAUACAUUAAACCUCAAUGAACUGCACGAGACCACAAUGGAACAGCUCUUCCCUCGGCGGUGCACCUGGCUCUACGUCAUGAAUAACUGUCUUCUUUCCAUAUCUGGAAAAGCCUCUCAGCUCUACUCCCAUAGCCUGAGUGGUCUCUUUGAACAGGCCAGACAGUUACAGAAGCUGCCAGUAGCCAUUCCCACACACAAACUACCUGAUAAAAUUAUUCCCAGGAAGUUUGCAGUGUCCAAUAAAAUUCCAGACACUAAAGGAUGCCAAAAGUGCUGCGUGGUGCGUAACCCUUACACCGGCCAUAAGUACCUGUGUGGAGCCUUCCAGUCAAGUGUGAUGCUGCUGGAGUGGGUGGAGUCUAUGCAGAGGUUCAUGCUCAUCAAGAACAUCGACUUCCCGCUGCCGUGUCCGAUGGAGGUCUUUGAGAUGCUGGUGGUCCCUGAGCAGACCUACCCUCUCAUCUGCGUGGCCGUCGGGAAAGGCACCGAACUCAACCAGGUGGUCAAGUUCUGCACCGUCAACCCCAACUCCACCUGCUCGUGGUUCAUGGAAGCAGACACGCCCCAGACGUGUGUGAUCCACGUCACUCAGCUGGAGAGAGACACAAUCCUGGUCUGCCUUGACCGAUGUAUUAAAAUAGUGAACCUCCAGGGUCGCUUGAAAUCCAGCAGGAAGCUUUCAGCUGAACUUACCUUCAACUUCCAGAUUGAAUCUAUAGUUUGUCUCCAGGACAGUGUAUUGGCCUUCUGGAGGCACGGCAUGCAGGGACGGAGUUUCAAAACCAACGAGAUCACCCAGGAGAUCUCUGACAGCACACGCAUCUUCAGACUACUGGGCUCCGACAGAGACCCAGAGACUGAGGAGAGAGGGCUCCCUCUGCCCAGGGUGGUAGUGCUGGAGAGCAGGCCGACAGACAACCCUACAGCCCAUAGCAACCUCUACAUCCUAGCAGGUCACGAGAACAGCUACUGAGACACGCACGCAGGCACUCGUAACACCCUCUUUAAACAGCCUCCAAGGAAUGCAGACACGGUAGUAAGCAACUGGAGAACGCCCUCACCCCAACCCCAGUUCACCAGGCUCCCCGUUCGACUGGGAGACGAGGUCACGGUGCAGACGUGGGUUCCAGGUUGCAGGCGUUUGAAUGCAGCACGGCAGCUGAGCGUGUGUUACUAGGACACGGACGCGGAUCCGCUUCCGACAGGGCGGAGGUCACGACCGCUGCAGGCCAGUCUCUAUCUUUCAAGAAGAACUUCAACAGCUAGUCUUUGCUGAUGCCAUCCCACCUCCCCUGCAUAACGCUCACUGGGAAACAGUGACUCCAGCACUACUACUUCAACACAUACUAUUAUUACUACUGCUACUUGCUCUAAGCUUCACAGAAGAGUCUGCUUGCACAGAAAUCUCUCUCCGCCACCCCCUUCCUUCCUUCCUUCACCUUUAUUUAUUACGGCAUGAGGUAACUUUAACAACCGGAAUAGUUCCCCGUCCUGUUUCAUUUGCUUAAAAAGAGAGAAAUCCUGCAUAAAAGCUGCUCCGCCAGCAUUGAAAUCCAUUGCUCAUCACCACACCACACAAGUGCUUAAUUGACCUCUAUUUAAUUGUUGUAAAUAUAAAUGUAGUAUUUUUUGAACACUAAAACGACUGCUGGUGUACAUAGGCGUGUGUACAGACAAAGAGACAGGCAGAGUCUUGGUGAUCGUGCGACGAGGGUCAUGAAGACUCUACAGCCUUAGCAGUGUAAUGCUACACUAUCGGUGCAGAGCUCAGGACUCGACUGAGAACGCGGGCAGCGUGCCGAUCGUCAGUUUCACCUUUGCAUGUGUCACCGUUGAGACUUCCUUCUUGUUUGCACCAUAGCAACUGUCGUCAGGGCAAGUUUAACUCCUUUCCGUUUGUUUCUCGUGUUUUUACACCAUCUGUUUGUUUUUUUUCUUAGCUGUUUUAAUCAAGGCGUUUAAUUUGUUUCUUUUAAUGUCACUUUCUUGUUCUAAAUGAACCACUGGUGUUAAAAGUUUGCACAGAGAAAAAGGUAUUCGAUCAACAAAUGUGAUGUCAUUCUAAUAUAUGACUGUGUGUGUGUGCGGUUGCGUGUGAGUGUGUAGAGUUAGAGAAAACGUGCAUCAUGUACAGAUUUGGUCUUUGUGACAGCCUAGUUUCUGCUUAGAUCAAUUAAGAGAGCAGAUAUUAAAAUACAAAAAUCUCAAUUUACACAGAAAGAAAAAAAACAUUUUUAAACAGAUGUGGUGAAAUAUUAUCUGUUGGUUGCAAUGUAUAGAAUUUAACCUAACUGUUGUCUCCAGCAUCACUAACCAACCAACCAACCUGGGAUUAUGGGCUUUAACUGAUACAUACAGUAACUAUUAGACAUCUCAAAUAUCCUACACACAGGUGACAAAGUCUGCUUGUAAUAAGUGAUAUGUUCUGUGUAAAUAACAUUUUAGUAAUGUUUGGACAUCCAGAGGUUUUCAAUGCGAGACGACACUACAUGCAUGUAGCUGUAGAGGCAGGACACGACCAGUCACCAAGCUGUGAUGCUGCUUUCAGAGCACGUGAACACUUUCUUUACUGCUGAAACGCUUGGCUUCAUGUCGACCAUCUCGCACACGUUUAUAUCAACUGGACUGAAAAGCAAGUGCAUUAAUCACAUUAAUGUAUGUGUACGGACGGUGAUGAUGGUGGGAGCCAAAAUACCCUCAACUCCACUCUAUAAAGGGAUUCAACAGACUAGGCAUGAAUUAGAUUGUCAGUUUUCAGCUCUGUGUGGUUUUCACUUAUCAUCACCUCAUGUACAGUUAAAUUCAGUCCAGCGUGAGGAUCUAAACCUUUUCUCUAGAUUUGCAUCCGCUGGAGACGUCUUGUUUAAAUAAGAAACCGUAGGUGUGUGAAGGCUACAAACUGUCCCACCUCUGACCCUUCAAAAUAAAACACUACAUGAUCAUGUUAAUACAUGAGCUUCUGGCCCAGACCUGCUAAUAAAGCCUUCUAUUUACUACACAGCGCGGCCCUAGUUACACUCAUAUAAUCUGAUGGUUUGUCAGUAUCCGACUGUUCAAAGAGUAAAUGUGUUUUUACUGGUCCCUCAGAGCUUUGGACCUUCCUUUCAAUUAGGACUAAGUAAAUGUCCGAUAUCUUUUACUGGCUUUUAAUUUUUUACAUGUUGAACUUAUUUAUAUGUCCUAGAUUUCGUUAAACACUUUUGCUUUGUCUUUGUGUUAAAUGAUGAGACUUGAAGGCCAGCGUAAACUCAUGCUGUAUCGUAGCUGCACUUCUGAAGUCACAGAGUUCAGUUUAGACUGUACGUUAAUGAAUCGUAUGCCGUUCUCUUCAAAACUCCUUCCUUCAGUAAAUGUCCCUUUUUGCAGACGGACGAAGUUGCGUUUCUGUGGGAUUGAAUAAGACUCCAGUGAUUCAUUUCUCUUGUUUUAGACCUUCACCAUUGAGCAGGUGCCAACACGGCCUUCACCUGUGAGUUAUUCUGUUUUACAUAUUAAUACAUAAGGAUGAAAACAAACAAGCUGCUUGAGCAGGUUUCCUUCCAAAAUAAAACAAAAAAGUUAGUCUGUUAAUAUUUCAUCAUCGUUGAUAUUUCAUCUUGUUUUUCAUAAUGCAAUGCACAUGUUAUGAAAUGUAUAUAGUGUACAAAUAAAAAUGGGUUUGUUUUACAUACUGUAUAAUUGCCUAUAUUUUGUUUCAGAAAGUGUAACAGAUUUAUGAGACGACAGGUUAACACAUUAAAAAACAAGAAACUCAA